AUGUCUUCUGUGAAGAAUAUUCUUUCCUUAGUCGCGCUGCUUGCCGGCGCCAGGACAGCCUAUGCUGGCUUUGAUCCUUCGAGCUAUAACAACGUUGCUAUCUACUGGGAUACGAAUGUUGAUCUAAAAGGUAAUCCCCGCUCGCCUUUCUCGUAUCCAUCGAGGGCCCAGGUGGAGUCCCUCAGAUCAACUUCGCGAACCAGGGUGAUCCCUGCAAGCCAUUCCCAGGCACCGACCUUCUCCACUGUCCGCAGAUUGGGUAAAUCUCCCUUGCUUAUUUUUCAGUGGACAUGUAUGAGUAUACAUAGUAUGACAACCCGUGCUGAUCGGUCAAUUAGAGCGGAUAUCAAAAGGUGCCAGGCGAAAGGAAAGACCAUCCUCCUAUCCAUCGGUGGAGCAACCUACAGCGAAGGCGGCUUCAGGUCUGCCGAAGAUGCCGUGGCUGGUGCCAAUAUGCUGUGGGAUAUCUUUGGGCCGGCUAAGCCGAACUCCUCCGCCCUCCGCCCCUUUGAUGACGCCGUUAUCGAUGGAUUCGAUCUCGACUUUGAAGCAACCGUGUCGAACAUGGUUCCGUUUGCGAAACAGCUACGCGCCCUGUAUGAUGCCGACAAGUCCAAGUCGUAUUAUCUGACUGCUGCUCCUCAGUGUCCCUACCCAGACCUAAACAACAGGGAGAUGUUGGAAGGCGGUGUGAAGUUUGAUGCCCUAUUUAUUCAGUUCUACAACAACUAUUGUGGUCUUACCAGCUUUACACCCGGCGUCCAGGCACAGAACAAUUUCAACUUUGCGGAUUGGGACAACUUUGCGAAGACUGUCUCUGCAAACCCCAAUGUCAAAAUCAUGAUUGGCGCUCCUGCAAACAGGGGGGCAGCCGGCUCUGGUUAUGUCGACGCAAACACGCUCGCCAACAUUAUGAACUGGAGCAAGCAAUUCCCAAGUUUCGGUGGAGCGAUGAUGUGGGAUGCCAGUCAGGCUUGGGCCAAUGGCGGCUUUACCUCGACCGUGAAGAGCGCUCUGCGUGCCGGGAGCUCCCGUGUUAUGCGGAAAUCAUACUCUGGAUCCUACACCGGAUACUGA